GAUUAGCAACCGUGGAGUUCAACACAGCAACGGCGGGCGGCACGGGAGCGCGCACACACACUGAUGCGCGCACUUACACUUCCAUAUGCUCACAGUCACAGCAAGCUGGUGCCGCUAAAACACACCACGCAGGAAGAGUCCAGAAAGAAAAAUCCCGCAUUUACCUGGGCUUGCACCAAAACCACUUUCCAUCGUUUAGAAAGCACUCUUGCCCAAGUUAUUCUGGAUUUUUCCCUGGGCUAUAAAACAUAAUCUACAUUAAUUGGGUUACAAGGGAUCACAAUUCUUGGAGUUACCGGUUAAAAGCUAUGUAUGUCGUUGCCAUUGCGGAGACAUGUUAAAUGCUCUGAUCAACAUGCUGAAAUCCUUAACUCAGAGCAACUUUGGAACUGUCCCAAUGUUUGAAACAUCUGACAAGCUGGAUGAAUUCAGCAGGUCAAGAGAAGAAGACUCAGACCGGACUUUGCAGAAUUCUGUGUCUGCCUGUAAAAAGGUCCUCUGCAGCAAAAGUCUGCUGGAGUCUACAGAGUACUGGCUACGGAAUGAGAAAGAUCUUUGCAGGAUUGGAUUCACUGAAGACAAAACUGAUUGCAGCAGCUGUACUGCGGUCUGCUUUGUGAAUCUGGACAGUGACUAUGAAGAUUUUAGUCAUGGGGACAUCACAAAGGAACUAGCCAGUGUGUCACCAGAUCUUCCAAAACUGAUGGAUAGCUUAAAUUUACAUCAACCCAAGGAAAAUGAGAUUGUGCUCCUCAGCAGAUUUGACUCUUCUGAGAAUGGCCUGCAGGACUCAAGUGACCAGCAGGGCUUUCAAUCAGCAGACAUUUGCCUCGUUCAAUGUGCAAAAGGAAACAAGAAGAGCAAUCCCAACUGUUUAAUUUAUGAAAUAAAUAAGUUUCUGAUUGGACUGGAGACUGGCCAGGCAAGACAGUUAGAGAUUGACAGAUAUGGUCAUUCCCGACCUGAAGAUGACACAAAUCGCUCAGUGUCUUCAAUUGAGGAGGACUUUUUGACAGCUUCGGAGCACUUGGAUGAAGAGAGUGAAGAGGACAACUUCAGAAAUGAACCGGAGAACAUUGAUGGCAUGGACCUUCACAGUGACAUCAGAAGAGCUGCAAAAGAAAGACAAGAUAGCCAACAACAUAAACAGACAUCUCCCUGUGGAUCUCUGGAUGCAGCUGUCUUGGAAAGAGUGACUGGUAACACUGACAGCAAAAAAAAGCAACAGCAGCACCAUCUUUCCAGUCUUGACAAUCAAGAGGCAACAAAAGUCUCUUCUGACCCAAAGAAAAUGUGUGAGAAUGUUCCUCAUGGUCAUAGUGGUGAGAAAUCUGGCAAUAGAGCCCUUCAAAAUAGAGCAGGCUGUGAAAGUUUUGCAAAGCAAAGCAGAGGAGCACAUUCAGACACACAAAGCACACAGCGUUCAGCUGGGUAUUAUGCCACUAACCUUGCUGAAUCUGUUCUUCAGGAUGCCUUCAUCAAAUUGUCCCAGGCUGAACCCACGUUCACAACUGAAGCUGCAUUAAGCAUUUCAUCAGAAAGACAGAGCAUGCUAAUAGGAACAUCUGAAGAACUGAAGCCAAACCGAGCAUGGAAUGAGCUCCCAAAAAUUGUCAUUGUUCAAAGCCCUGAUACCACUGAAAAUACUCAGGACUGGCCGGGAGCACCACCAUCCAAUACUGGCUCAUGGUCAGGAGUGGAAACUGCCCAGUGCCAUAGUCUUGAAGACAGAACUAAAUCUGGUGUUUGUUUAAACAGCGGUCAUCCCGUUGAAAUGGCUUUAGCAUGUGCCGCCACUGUAGUUGGUACUAUUUCAAGCCCCCAAGUGACCGAGAAGCUAAAGUUGGAACAACAUUCAGUUGAAUUAAAUGCAGAACUAGAAAAAUCAUCAGGAGAAGAUGAAGAAGAAGAAGAAGAGGAAGAAGACGAGGCAGAGGACGACACAGAUCAAGGGGAAAUGAAAAAUGUGGAUUUCUCUUUUUCAUCAGCCCUUUGUGGCAUGGCACGGGUGGCUGGUGCAAUAGCAAUUGUUGGUCUAGAUGAAAGUAAAACUGAUGAAAAUUACUCUCCUUCUUGUGGACUCCUGUCUGCAGCUGAAACACCAACCUCUAUUACUCUUCACUGCAGUAUAAAAGUAGGGAGCAAAAUUGAACAGUUUACAUCAAAUAUUGCUGACGUUUUACUUAAGGAAGCAUGCUUGGUUCUUACAAAGCCCAAUGAGUACAAAAGCUUGGGUGAUUUUUUAGAAUCCAUCCAAAACAAAAUAGUAGAUAGCAUUGCAAAACCAAAAAAUGUCCAAAGAGAAGAUUUAGAGGUAGACAGUUUUUCCCAGAUCCUUUCAGAUGUCAUUUUCAAACACUCAGUUGAGAAAGCCAACAGAAAAAAAUCACAAAGGAAUCAAAAUAAUGAUAUGGGUGAUAUUAUAAACCCGCAAGCAAUCCUGUUAGAAUGUACAAAUGAUUUGCUGUUUAAUGUGCUGCAUCAUACUUGCAAGAAGAUCAGCGCUUUUGCAAUGCAAAAUAGUGUGUCGUUAAAUAUGGCCGAAGACAGUAGUAGCUCUGCAAGUAAUGAUACUGUUGGUGAGCAAAAUCCCCAUCUCUUGCACUCCACAUUACAUCCACAAGAAUCAGGCAAAGAGAAUAUUGAUGGCAGUCCUCAUUGUCGGCUUGCUACUACUCAAAGUGGAAUGGAGAAGACUGUUGACCGAGAAGAGAAGACCACUAUGAAAGAAGCAGAGACUGGUUCUGAGGUGCAGUGUAAGAGAGAGGUAAGUCCAGGUGUAAAAGACCAGCAGAGAGCCAGCCAAGUCAGUGCAGCAAGGGAAUUGCCAAAUAUUCAGGCCAGUAAGCAAAGUUCAAAAGAUUUUGACAUUCCAUUCGAGACACCAUACGUCAUUCAGCACUCUCAAGAAGAUAUGUUUCCACAUGGUGCCAUCAGCCUUGAAAAAAUUAAAAGCUAUUUGCCAGGAGAGACAGAAUUGAAAUUGUCUUCAUUGACUUUACAGCAGCCUCUGAUAGCGCCUGUGCCUACUGUGUUAAUAAAGCCAUUGUCUGAAAACUGGUCCCCUGUUACCGUUUUUGCUGAUGAUCUGGCUACCACUGUAGUUUCAAUGGCAACUGAAAUGGCAGCAAUAUAUUUGGAGAAUUCAAAUGGGAAGCAGCCAUGGUUCUGUGCAUGGAAGACAGGUCCAGACUGCUCUGAAAACUAUUUAAUGCCUUGUAGAACAGUGAAGCGGAAGAAGGAGGCACAGGUGGCCAAUGCAUCAGUCACAAAGAAACAUAGGCCACCAAGGCUGAGCGAGAUUAAAAAAAAGACAGAAGAACAGCCUGAGUUAAAGGAACGCCUUAUGAAUCGCGUGGUGGAUGAAUCAAUGAAUUUAGAUGAGCCUCCUGAUCCUUUUGCCCUGUUUGCUAGUGAGGUGACAGCAAAGAUCUUGAACUGCCCAGAGUUCUCCGUGGUUGACACUUCGAAGCAAAGUCAGUCUCUUCCAAGAAACCGGUUGCAUUGUGACAGAUGGAACAGAGGGGGCAAAACAUCAAGUUACGAGAGCAUCCCAGAGGAAGAUGGAGAUUCAUCUAAUCCCAAUAACACCUUGGGUCCAGGCAGUCGACUCGGGCAAAAUUUGAGUAGAGGCAGUUCCAUAUCUAAGCAGUCUAGCUGUGAAAGCAUCACUGAUGAGUUUUCCCGGUUCAUGGUAAACCAAAUGGAAAAUGAAGGCAGAGGCUUUGAACUUUUGCUUGAUUAUUAUGCAGAAAAGCAUGCAAACAACAUCUUGAGCUCUGCCAUUCAACAGGUGACCAAAAAAAAUGGACAUCUCAACGUGAGAUCGGCAUGUGUGUCAAAGCAGUCUAGUACGGAGAGUAUUACAGAGGAAUUUUAUAAGUUCAUGUUGAAAGAAAUGGACAAAGAAAAUAAAGACAGCAGUGUGGCGAAGGCUCGGGACUGGAGCAGUCGCCUGCUCUCCCCUUCUUCAAGGACACCCUUUUGCUUUAGACAAUCAUCCAUGCCAGACAGGAGAUCAUCAGACUCAAGACUCACAGUAAACACACCAAUGAAAGCCAACUCUUUUGACGGCUUUGCUCGAAAUGCACAUGCUGAUCACCUAAAUAUAUACCCAGUCAACACAGUAUCAUCGUCUGGCCUCUGCAAAUCUGACUCAUGCUUAUACCAAAGGGGGCGGACAGACCAGAUCACUGAUAUGCUCAUUCAUGAGACGUGGUCUAGCUCCAUCGAGUCGCUAAUGCGAAAAAAUAAAAUCAUUGUAGAUGAGGAUAUGGACUUUGAGCAGCCUGUAAACGGGUCACAGCCACAUGUUGAACACUUUGCCAACAGGUUAGCUGCAGAUAUUGUUGAAGGAGGGAAAUCAUUGGUGACUGUCCCACAUGAAUCUCUUGUUGGCCGCCAUGCCACUCCUUUAUCUGAAAAGAGGCAAUGUUUUAGAAGUAUGACAGAACACCACACAAAGCACUCGACUCUGGACAAAAGCAAACACUCACAAGAAAGGAAGUCUUCCAUAAGUACUGACUCAUCUUGUAUUACAUCUUCUCGUCGAUGCUCAAGGGAAGUGCCUUUGAUUCAUAUAGAGACAGAUCAAAGAGAAGAGGUUAUUGAAGACGCAAUGCCCCAUGGCACUCUCUCUGUCUACUCUGGGACAUUAAAAGCAGAAUGUUAUCCUGAGGCAAAGUCGACGGAUCCAUCAGGUCAAGGGAACGCUGAAUAUCCCCCUUCAAAUGAGAGAAGCACCCUGUGCUACAAGGCUUUAACCAGCGUGGUCGCUGACAAGGAACAUGCAGUGGAAGAGUCCCAGAACCAUUUGAGCUGCAGCGAUGAGAGCACGGGGAGCUGGUCCCAGAUCACCGGUGAAGAGGAGCCUCCAGAGGACACCAGCAGCUAUCUGCAGCUGAGUGAAGGAAAUGGAAACAGCAGCACAUCAAGCAGUCUGGGUCUUAUAGAGUUGGAGGUUUUUCCUGAAAUUACAGCACCAUGUAUUAUAAUCAGUGAAAAAGAUGAAGCAGAUGUCCAAAAAGAUAAACUUGAGAAUUUGGAUGAAUGCACAUCUGGACUAUCAGUUGGAACAAGCACCAGCAACAAGGACUUGCUUAUUUUGAACUUUGACAUGGAAUCCAAAUGUGUAAAUUCAGAGCUACGCACUACUCUACAGUGGAUAGCUGCAUCAGAGCUAGGUGUGCCCACCAUAUACUUCAAGAAGUCCCAAGAAAAGGACAUCGAAAAGUUCCUCAGUGUGGUGCGCUUCAUUCAUCAGAAAGAGUGGAAUGUCGGAGAUUUGUUCCACGCAGUGGUUCAGUACUGCAAAGUGCAAGAAAGAAAUGAGGAUUCAGCAUCAAGUCUGUUUGAUUGGCUUCUGGAGUUCAGAUGAAAAUGUUUCAAAAUGAAACAAACGACAUUUGUCGCCAGAGCUCUUCAGCCUUGCAGUCGUUGUGGUCAACAUACUGUUGACCAAGGUUAUGUUGUUUGUAACGUAUUCAUGUCUCAGAAUGUAUAUUGUGUUUUAAAUUGUGACCUUCCUAGCGGUGAUAUUGAUCGGCGAUUUCUAGGUGGAACGAUCAUUUGUCCACAAAACGCAUCAGUUAAAACAAAAAGUGGCGCGUAAAGAGCCUGAGCUCUGGAAACAUCGAGUCUCAAUGCUGACCUGUUCUUGGGUUUAACACUUUGAAAUAUUUUGAAUGAAUUAAUUUUGAAAUCAUUUCAAACCAAAUUUAUUUUUUAAUUAAUUACAUACGAAUACAGGAUUUUUAAAGUCAUUUUCGUUUACUGUAGAAGUUCUAAAGAUUGCACCCCGUAAUCAUAAAGUAUGCUGGUUACUGAUAAUAAUUUGAAAGCAAAUUUCGUAUCUACAGGUUUGUCAUUUUGCUGCUUUGUGUACAGACUUUGUAAUUUUAGGAUUUUGUUCAUAGUUACACUGCAUAUUUGUCCUUCACUUCAACUUUUAAUGGAAUUAAUUUAUUUUAGAUAUAUUUGUAAAUACUGUACAUUUGGGAAGAUAAAGCCUAAUUUAAGCCUGAUGUAUUCUCUGUAGACUAGGUUCUCACAUAACCAGAAGUUCUACAAUUAAUGGAUUUGAACACUUUUGUAAUAUAACAGAGUAUAUCUCUAUGUGAAGCUAUUUUAUCAACACUUUUUUGCAGUAACUGUAUGGCAACAUUUCCUUAGCGUUCAAAGCACAUAAAAUGAACUGUCCGGUGUCCAAUUUACUUCUGUAGUUCUGAAUGUAUGAUUUUGAAAUGAAUAAAAUGAUGUUAUGUGACUCUUGAUGGCA